ACGCCAGCCAUUGUCGAAGAUUCGAAGGAGAGAGUAACGAAGGAUGGGUGUGGAGAAGGAAGUCAUCACAGCCGGCUCUGGACCCAAACCUGCCGCUGGUCAGACCGUCACCGUCCACUGCACCGGCUUCGGGAAAAAUGGCGAUCUAUCCCAGAAGUUCUGGAGCACAAAGGAUCCUGGACAGAAGCCCUUCUCGUUCCAGAUCGGCAAAGGUGCUGUUAUCAAAGGAUGGGAUGAAGGUGUCAUGGGCAUGCAAGUUGGAGAGGUGGCUCGUCUACGGUGCUCGCCCGACUACGCGUAUGGACCUGGUGGAUUUCCGGCAUGGGGAAUUCAGCCAAACUCGGUUCUCGUCUUCGAAAUCGAAGUUCUGAAAGCGCAGUGAAGAUUUUAGCGGAGCUCCAUGCCAUCUAUGAAGCUUCUUGUACUCGAUGAACCAACUUCUAUGAAGGAUUUCUCCGAAUAAAUUCUGUUGAAUUCUCGGGUAUUAUUCGAGGGUUUGAGCUUUCAAUAAUUCGAGGGGCAUGAAAUGAGUGAUCACACUCUUAUCUUUCAUCAUCUCAGUCAAUCAGAUCAAACAGUACUUUCUUGUAGACCAAACACCAUUAUUACAUAAACACAAAAGACUUCCGUUGCA